AUGCCCGCAAAUCCAGAACCUCCUGCACCUCCCCUGGAGCACCCUGCCCUUUCCAAGCUGCGCACAGAGCUGCACGAGACCCAAGCCAGCCUCACAAGCCAUGUCGACAAGGUCCACACACUCGAGGACAUGCUUGCAGAGCACGAGGCCAUUAAGGCCGAGGUUGCAGCUCUCCACGACCUCAUCCAUGCAUUAUCUGCACAUUCCCAGCACGACAAUGGUAUGAACAUAGACUCAGAGCACGGUCGCCGUGGACAAGACGAUGAUGACAGAUCUAGCAUUCGUACAGUCACCCCGCAUGAGUUAAAGCGCGUUGAGGAAGAGGACGAGAAUGAAGAACAGGAUGAGAGUGAGGAGGAUAGGGAGCAUGCACAAAGGAGGGCGGAGCUGGGUAGGCCACGGACGCCGGAGCCAUCGGGGAUGGGAAUGGACGAGGACGAGCUUAUGCAUGCCUGUGCAUCGGAUACUGAACCUUCAACAUCACGACCACGACCACGAUCUCCUUCGCCACAGCCAUCGCAUCCUGCACUAGACGAGCUCUCAGCACGGCUAGUAGCUCUUAGUGGACACAUAGACAGCGCUGUAGAAAAGCACAAGGGUGUGCAACCUCUCACUCCAGAAUCAUCUGUUACCGAUGCUGGGGGUAUGGAUACUGUGGGACAGAAAGUGCACCUACAAAUGCAGACACAGACAGAGGUGACACAGCGACUGCAUUCGGCAUCAACAACGAUAACAGCUGCCAUUGGCGUCCUCAUCCUGAAUGUCACGGCCGCUGCCAUGAUAUAUCACAUGAAACCAGAAUAA